UCUGGUUCGUUUUGGUCUUUGCAGAACAGAAAGAAAAACGCUACCUUUGUUUCUGAUUUUUAUUUCUUUCUCUCACACAUCACGCGGGUGGUUGUUUCUCUCUCUAAAUAUCGAUCAACCCCAAUCGAUCCAUCAAAUCAUAACUCAGCUGAUUUCUCUUUCUUAUUAGUCGAUGAGCUCGUGAAGUUCACAAUCACUUCGACACCCACACAGACGCAGAGAGAGAAAGGAAGAAAGAAAGAGAUCGAGCUUUUCUUUUUCUCUUGUUCAAGUAUUUUGCUUGCCGUCAUGGGUCAAGCUUUUCGGAAGCUCUUCGAUACCUUCUUCGGAAACACUGAGAUGAGAGUUGUAAUGCUUGGCCUCGACGCAGCUGGUAAAACAACCAUCCUUUACAAGCUGCACAUUGGAGAAGUUUUGUCCACUGUGCCUACCAUAGGUUUCAAUGUGGAGAAAGUUCAGUAUAAGAAUGUCAUGUUCACUGUUUGGGAUGUUGGUGGACAAGAGAAACUAAGGCCACUCUGGAGGCAUUACUUCAAUAACACGGACGGACUGAUUUACGUGGUUGAUUCCUUGGACAGAGAGAGANNNGGAAGAGCCAAGGAAGAAUUUCAGGCCAUCAUCAGUGAUCCAUUUAUGCUCAACAGUGUCAUCUUGGUGUUUGCUAAUAAACAGGAUAUGAAAGGAGCUAUGUCGCCAAUGGAAGUAUGUGAAGGACUAGGCCUCUUUGAUCUCAAGAACAGAAAAUGGCACAUACAAGGGACUUGUGCCCUUAAAGGUGAUGGCCUUUAUGAGGGCUUGGAUUGGUUAGCUAACACACUGAAAGAGAUGAGAGCUGCUGGAUACUCUUCAGUGGGCACCUCAUCAUUCUAAUACUCGAGGUUUAUUAGGAUUCUUGGGGCUGGUCAUUUGAUAAUGCUGAAGAGUUGGUUAUUUGUGCAUCCAAAUCUCCCUGGACUCUAAUCAGCUUUUUCUUUUCCUUUUGGGUUUUUUCUAAAGAUGGUGAAGUUUAAUCAGUGCUUACUCCAAGACUUCACAUUCAGACAUGUCACUUAAUCCAAUGUAUAUUGAAGAACAGCAGAUGAGCAGGUUGUGAAAUUGAUGAAUAUUUGCUGAAGAUUAUGUAUGAUUUGGAUGUCUCUUGAAAAUUUCUUUUGCGUA